AUGGAAUCUCCAGAUGAACAGACAGAUGAAACUGCAGAUUCUACAAAGGAAGGAAUAAACGGAGGAAAUGGAGCAGAGGAAUUAACACAGUUUUCAGAGAAAGGAGUAGGGUUAAGGUCUCAACAUGGAGUAAAGAGGGUAUGUUCAGAAGGACGGUAUUCAGAAUGGCCAGUUAAGCGGAAAAAACCGAAAAAUAUGAGUAAAAAUGAGGUCAGAAAUACGUUCUACGGGUUAAACAAGGGAUUAGAUGAGAGUAAGGCAGAAUUUAUGGAAAAUAUACGUCAACGGUUGAAGAAGGCAAAAGAAGAUGAAGAAGAGCGCAUUAGAGUAAAAAGGAUAAAGAUUCAAGCAAUGUUAAUUGAACGAUUAAAUAAUCGUGCGAAAAAAGUGUUUGAAAAGAAGUCCGAAUGCAGUUUUAAUGAAGUAAGCUUUGAUCAGACAUAUUCAGAGCUUAAAGAUGCAAAAGAGGUUGAGAGAAAAGAAAAAGAUAUAUUUAGAAGGGAGAAAGAGUCUUCUAGGAAAGAACGAAGUGUAUUUAGGGAAAGAGAUAUAGUAGAAAUGAAUUUUUCUAUUGAUGAGGAAACAUCAGGAUCAGAAGAAACAUAUAGACCUAAUAAAAAGGCUAGAAGGAAUACGAAUCAUCUAAAGACUUUAGAAGAAUCUAUAACACAAAUUUGGAAAGAAAUAUCGAAAAAAGAGGUUCCUAAGGUGUAUAAAAUGAUUCAGCAAAAUUAUACAACACGAAGCAGCAAUUCUCGUAAAACGGCAUUGCUUUGUUCAAAAGAAGCAAAACGUUGGCAAUUUCGGACAAACAAAAAUAUUAAAGAUAUGCAGGCUCGAGCAAAACGAGCAGUGCGAGAGAUGCUUGUUUUUUGGAAGAGAAAUGAAAAAGAAGAGCGAGAACAACGUAAAAAAGAGGAAAAAGAGGCAAUGGAAAAAGCGAAAAAAGCGGAAGAACAAAGAGAAGCAACACGGCAAGCAAGAAAAUUAAAUUUUUUAAUUACACAAACAGAAUUAUAUUCUCAUUUUAUAAGUCGAAAAAUAAGAACCGAAGAAACAGAUAAUGUUGACGAGAUAAAAGAUGUCUCUAAAGAUAAAGAGGAGAAGGCGUUAAUAGAAAAUUCAUUAGAAAUGACAGAAACUCCAUUGAAUCAUUGUUCAAUUAAAGAUCUCGAUUUUGAUGGAGUAGAUGAUGAUUCACUUCGCCAAAUCGCUAUUAAGAAUGCACAAAAUGCUAUUUCAUUAGCAAGGGAUCAUGCGGAACAAUUUAAUUCAACUGGUGAGUCUAAAAAUACCUUUGACGGUAGUGAAAUGAAUUUUAUGAAUCCAUCAUCUCUUGGAAAUGUCACAAUUAUCCAACCAAAAAUGCUUCAAUGUCAGCUUAAGGAAUAUCAAGUAAAAGGACUCACGUGGUUAGUUAAUUUGUAUGAACAAGGUAUCAAUGGUAUUUUAGCCGAUGAAAUGGGUUUAGGAAAAACGGUACAGUCAAUUUCUGUCAUGGCUUAUCUUGCAGAAAACCAUAAUAUAUGGGGACCCUUUUUUGUAAUUGCUCCUGCAUCUACUCUUCAUAAUUGGCAACAAGAAAUUACUAGAUUCGUACCAAAAUUAAAGGUUCUUCCCUACUGGGGAAAUAGUAAGGAUAGAAAAAUUUUACGUAAAUUUUGGGAUAGGAAACAACUUACAUAUACAGAAGAUGCACCUUUUCAUGUUCUCGUUACAUCUUAUCAACUCGUGGUUCAAGAUGCGCAGUAUUUUCAAAGGAUAAAGUGGCAAUAUAUGAUUCUUGAUGAAGCACAAGCUAUAAAAAGCUCAAGUAGUUCAAGAUGGAAGAACUUACUUGAUAUGAAAUGUAGAAAUCGCUUACUUUUAACCGGAACACCAAUUCAAAAUACAAUGCAAGAAUUAUGGGCUUUAUUACAUUUUAUUAUGCCAAGUUUAUUUGAUUCACAUGACGAGUUUAGCGAAUGGUUUUCAAAAGAUAUUGAAAGUCAUGCACAGAGUAAUACAUCUUUAAAUGAGCAACAAUUACAACGUCUUCAUAUGAUUCUUAAGCCUUUUAUGUUGCGCCGUGUUAAAAAGCAUGUUCAAAGUGAAUUAGGGGAAAAAAUUGAAUUGGAAAUUUAUUGUAAUCUUUCUUACCGUCAAAAAGCUUAUUAUAAAACAUUACGUGAAAAAAUUUCUAUUGCAGAUAUUAUUGAAAAAGCUGCACAAGGUGGUGAUGAAAACGUAGCAAGCCUUAUGAAUAUUGUUAUGCAAUUUAGAAAAGUAUGCAAUCACCCUUAUUUGUUUGAAAGAAUAGAUGUAAUUUCGCCUUUAUGUUUUGCACAAUGGGUCGAAACACCUUCAUUAAUGCGCGAAGGAUCGAAUCUUUAUAUACCAUAUAGUUUAAAAAGUUUAAUUAAAUUCCAUAUACCAAAACUUUUUUAUCGUAAUGGUGGUAUUUUAAACAAUCAUGGGCCAAAUUCGUCUUUUGGAUUUCGCAUUAAAUAUUUAAAUUAUAUAAUGAAUAUAUUUGACUCAAAAUAUAUAUAUGAUUCCUUAUGGAAAAAUCAUCAUGAUUCACCGUUUUCAUGGUCAUAUUUUAUUGGACUUUCACCUUCUGAACUCUCUAGAUUAUUUCAUUAUAAUAUAUGGAAACGAGCUCUUCGUAGCCGAAUGGAUUUAAAUAAAAGAUAUAUAGCAAAAUUACAUCUAUUAUAUGAAGAUAUUCAAAUACCCGAUCGUUUUAUGUUUUUCAUAAAAAAGUUUACUGAACAUACAUCAAUCUUAGAUAUAGAAAAUGGUUCUGCUAUGUAUAAUUUAUGCAAUGUAUCCCGUAUUGUUUUCAUUGAGCAACUAUUACAUCGAUUAGAGCCAAUGUAUGAUCAAAAAGUUUCAUCUCCUCCUAUAGACGCUGAAUGUAUAGAUAGAACUUUUACUAUUGAACAACAACAGUUUUUUUUUGAUGAGAAUCUUAAAAAAGAAUUUCUUGGAAUUACAGUAUUUGAUGAAAAAAAUAUUAUUGAUAAAAAUAUAGACUUAAAUAAUAUCGAAUUUCCUGUUGAAAGUAUAUUGGGAAAACCAUUGCUUGAAAAAUCAAGUUUUGGAAGACUUAGAAUGCCUUCUAUGAGUAGGUUUGUUACAGAUUCAGGAAAACUUGCAAAAUUGGAUGAACUUUUAGCCGUUUUAAAAACAGGUGGUCAUCGUGUACUUAUAUACUUUCAAAUGACUAAAAUGAUCGAUUUAAUGGAAGAAUAUUUGACAUAUAGACAAUAUAAGUAUCUUCGUUUGGAUGGUUCAUCUAAAAUUAAUGAUAGAAGAGACAUGGUAAAUGAUUGGCAAACACGACCAGAAAUAUUUGUAUUUCUUCUUAGUACUCGUGCAGGCGGUCUUGGUAUUAAUUUGACAGCAGCAGAUACCGUAAUAUUUUAUGAUUCUGAUUGGAAUCCAAGUUCAGAUGCACAAGCUACAGAUAGAGCGCAUCGUAUUGGCCAAAUGAAGCAAGUUACGGUGUACAGGUUUGUUACUCGAGGAACAAUUGAAGAACGUAUUUUAGAACGGGCAAAACAAAAACAACAAGUACAAAAUAUUGUUAUUUCUGGAGGAAAAUCAAUAGACUUUGGCAAAAAUCAUAGAGAAGUUGUUUCUUGGCUUCUUAAUGAUAAUGAAUUAGAAAAAAUUCAAGAACACCAAAAUCAGAAAAAUUCCAAAUCAAAUUCAUCACAAAAGAGCACUUCAAAAAAAAUAUUUUAG